AUUUCCGAGGGUAAGGAUAUUUCCGAGGAUAAGGAGAAUUCGGGAAUUUCCGAGGACAUGGAGAAUUCUAAGAAUGAGGGGAUUUUCGAGGACAAGGAGAAUUCCGAGAAUAAGGGGAUUUUCGAGGACAAGGAGAAUACCGAGAAUAAGGAUUAUUAA